UAAUUCAUUACGUUUUAGUUAGUCGUACGAAUUGUUUCUUAUUUGUGAAAGCUCGUCGAACAGAAGCAAAUUUCGCUUUAACCUUUUGAAAAAUAAAGGAAAAAGUUCGUAAAAAGCGAAAGAGCCCAUCGAAACCAACACGAAGAAGGAGUUCAAUAAAGAUUGCUUUCCGCAGAUCAUAUAAGAAAAUGGUUGCCGAUAAUAUCGAUGCCGGAGUGGCCAUUGCCGUCGCCGAUCAGUCCUCAUCGUCUGUGGGCGUUAAGGAGGAACUGCCGGCCGGCAAUUACAUCCUGGUGGGCGUGGACAUCGACACCACUGGACGUCGUCUAAUGGAUGAGAUUGUCCAGCUGGCCGCCUAUACACCCACCGAUCACUUCGAGCAGUACAUCAUGCCAUAUAUGAAUCUGAAUCCAGCUGCGCGCCAGCGUCAUCAAGUUCGUGUUAUUUCGAUUGGCUUUUAUCGUAUGCUGAAGUCGAUGCAGACUUACAAGAUCAUCAAAUCCAAGUCUGAGAUCGCUGCCCUCAAGGACUUCCUCAACUGGCUUGAGCAACUGAAGGCCAAGGCGGGUCCCAGCUCGGACGGGAUUGUGCUUAUUUAUCAUGAAGAGCGCAAGUUCAUUCCCUACAUGAUCCUGGAGUCGUUGAAGAAGUACGGCCUGCUGGAGCGCUUCACCAAGUCGGUGAAGUCGUUUGCAAACGGCAUCAACCUGGCCAAGGCUUCUAUAGGCGAUGCCAACAUCAAGCACUACAGUCUGCGCAAGCUUUCCAAGAUCUUGUCCAGCUUCAAGGAGGACGACGCGGCUUGCUCUGCGUCCACAUCCACAUCCGGAUCGGGAUCCGGAUCUAGUACGGUGUCUGAUUCGGCAUCGAUAUCUCCCAGGGAGAGCACCGUGAUCGAUGGAAGCGACAAGCAAUCUGGCAAAAACGGCGUUCAGGUCGAACGAGAACUGUUUGACGGUAAUGCCAGUGUUCGUGCCAAAUUGGCCUUCGAUGUGGCCCUUCAGCUGAGCAACUCGGACCGUAAGCCGGAACCGAAAUGCUCGGAGGCAAUGGAGAAUAUGUUCAAUGCCAUACGGCCAUUUGCCAGGUUGGUGGGCUCCGAUGUCCAGGAGCUGGAUACACAGAACGAAAAUUUGGAGCGCCAAAACUCCUUCCGUCCGGUGUUCCUCAACUACUUUAAGACCACUCUGUACCAUCGAGUGCGUGCCGUGAAGUUCCGCAUUGUGCUGGCCGAGAAUGGCUUCGAUUUGAACACGCUAAGUGCCAUUUGGGCAGACAAGGGCACCGAGGGCCUGGACAUGGCCCUGCAGUCGAUUGGCAGGCUGAAGAGCGAGGACAAGACGGAGCUGCUCGAGCUUCUGGACAGCUUUUUUGAUCCCAAGAAGACCACAUUAAAGCCGGUUGUCAAGGCUAACAGCAGCAACAAUCGCCGCCGCAAUCGUCGCGGCGCCGGGCAGUCGGUCAAGAACGCUAUGCCAUCCAGUUCCCGAUCGGCUAGUGCCGAGUUUGGGGCAGGAGGUGACAAGUCGCGUAGUGUGUCCUCGGUGCCAGACUCCACUACCAAGACUCCAUCGCCAAACAAGUCCCGUACGCAGCGUAAGCGCAACUCGCGUCAUAGCUUGGGUGCAACCCCCAAUGGACUAAAGGGGGCGGCUGAUAUAUCCUCCUCCGGCAAGUCUGAGCUCAACAAUAGCGCUCCACCUGCCGUAACCGUAACCCCGGUCGUGGCACCACCCCCACCAACACCAGUGGCCAUCACGGCCUCCAACUAAAAUCCAGCUCUGGUGAAUCCUUAAAUAAAUCAAAAAAUGGAUGAUCAAAACACAAGAAGACAAGGGGCAGAAAUGGAUAUAUAAAAAACAACAUACGAACUUUUUUCCUUUUUGAAGAUCUAAUGCAGACAAGCUUAAAAUUCCAGUGGAAGCAAAUUUCCAGUGAACACAACUCGCACACACAACUCACGAGCACGUUAGUGUAUCGAUAGUGUGAAUGAACCGUGACUGUGACGUAAA